AUGGGAUGUGUGUACUGCUGGAGGAAUAAGGAGCUGAAAGAGGAGCAAAGUAUCCAUUGAAAACACUAGACUCUCAGACGUUUUACAGAACAGGGAAGAAGUGCUCUCCUGUUGCCAGUAUGUCGGCUGUUCCUGCGGCAGUCCCGGCGCUUGUUAAUCCCCCGCCACCAGAGUUCACCAACCCCAACAAGCCUGGCAGGAAAACUAACCAACUACAGUACAUGCAGAAUGUUGUGGUGAAGACUCUAUGGAAACAUCAGUUUGCGUGGCCCUUUUACACGCCUGUGGAUGCCAUCAAAUUAUGUCUUGCUGUAAGUCGAGUUCACACUCAGUCGUUUUUUUCUCUGUUAUUGGUAGUUAGUAAUGGGUAGAAGCAGAUACUUAAAGGUAGUAGGGCUGGCCCCGCCAAAAAAUAAUCGUGGUCGACCAAAAGUUGUCUGUUCUUUCGACCAAUCGAUUGGUCGAAAUGUUUAAAGUGUAUUUUUCCAUAUAUAGACACACCCUAUGUGUUUCAAUAAAAUAAACUAUAUGCAUUGCGCUUGUCUGAUGCUUUAAGCUUACGGUUUGAUGAAAUAAUACAAAUGCCGCAAGAGGGCGCCAGAGAUCUAGAUAACCAGAAGAAAAAACUUAACCUGACCCUACUAUUCUCCUCCCGCUCCUGCUGGCUUUCGCAGAUUCUGCCAUUACUCUCCUGGUAAUAGGCUACACGAGGAGUCGGCAACCUUUCUCAUGUGGAAUGCCAAUUUAUCUUACCAUUUCUACCGAUCUGCGUGCGUGCCAGUUAUGGUUUUCAUGUGCACAUUUUCUUUAAACAGUUUCAUUUCAUUGAUAAGGUCUUCAUAUCUCAAAAUCAUUGUCAUGUGGUUAAUCAAAAUUCUAUCCAAAUGAAAAUUAUACAAACCUAAAAAGUAACUUCUGUUGCCAUUGCCAACUAUGUAAAAAUAGCCUACAUAAAGCCUCAAAUAAAAACAUUGCAGCCAGCAGGUAGAACAUAUCCUGAUUAAAAACAAAUAUCCUAUGAAUCACAUUGGCUACACAUGGCCUGUCUGCAACGAACUUGAAACAUUGUGUCAACUAUUAACUUUGGUCCGGCCGAAGCUUGCGCUAGUGAACUUGCAACAUUGUAUAAAAUAUUCUGGGCCCACAGUUUCCUGCGCCAGUAAGCUCGGGACAGACACAGCUGUAGGCUAUUUGCAUAAGGGAUAAGAAGCAGUGCUCGACUUGGGCAGUAGCUCACCGGAGCUGAGUACCGGCACCUCAAAUGUUCUACUGCUUGAGUUCCUGCUCCUCUUAUAGAAUAUUAGCUCAAAAGUAUUGUGGAGCUCCUGCACCUAAAUGUAAACAGUUCCAGCUCCCAAAAUGAGUACCGGAACCUAUUUCAUUCCAGGUCCAGCACUGAUGAGAAGUAAUCAGGUAGACCUAUUUUUGAUGUUCCACUGAAUCAGAGCAUGACAUUUUUCCCUUUCACGCUUAGUGGUUAUCGAAAGGGAGAGCGCUGGAAAGAUUUUUCAAAUACAUUGAGGAACUAUUGUGAUUCUCAAUGGAUGUAAAAACAUACUUAGUUUGCUUGCAGUUUGAGGUGAAGAAAAACAUUACUUUGAGAAGCUCCACAGGUCAUUAGUGGUGGUGCGUUAAGCCAAUCAGAAAUACUAUCAUCCCCAAAUGGGCACAUUUAUAUGCCUACAUUUGUGAGCAGGCCAGGUAGCCUAUAGGCCUACUUCUAUGCGUGCGUGUCCUUACUCAACAUUGACAGGAUCGCUCCAAACAAAAGACAAUGACUAAAUUGACAACAUUUGUAAAUGGAAUGAAAUAAACCAAAACUUGUUUCUCACAAGUGUAGCAUAGGCUGUGCUCUCUGCAAACAAUAUGUCCACUUUGACAAUGAGAAUUGGAAGACUGGAAUAAUAAUAUUGAAUGCAAUAUAAUUAAUUACAGUAACCAAAGUAACAAACAUUGUAGAUUAGAAAUUACAGGAAUUAACGGUAAAUGUACUCCUGGUGAUAUAUGUAAUGGGGAAUUGAUAUACACUAACAAUCAAACGCACACAAUGAAGUUAUGAAACAAUGAAUGUGCACAAAUUGGCAGGAGAAAGCGCAUUCUGGAAAGAGAAGUGCAUUGUGCAUCUGGGCGCUUGGUCAAUCUGACUUCUGCAUUGGCCAUACAGCAUUUACGGUGACAUGGCCUCAGCAGAAGUCAGGGCAUUCAUACUUCUUGCGCUUCCGGAGCAGUGCAGAGCUGUUGUCAAGGAAGUGAGUUUGUGUUUAUACAGGAUGUACCGCCCCCAUCUACCGUCAACCAAUCAUGUUUAUACAGAGCCCUCCGCGUUUUUACAACAUUUUGGAGGCGCAUGGCGAUACGGUACGGAGCUCGAUUUGGCCUCUGCAUGCCUCUGGAGGCUCCGCAAUUGCGUCACACCCUCCAUAUGGAGCACAUUUUCGAAUCAAGCAUAGAUUGGCUUUUAGUCUUCCAAUGGAUUAGUUCACUGAGAUGGGCGCAAAGACAUAUGUAUUUAUUUAUUUGUUACUGCUCGACUAAAACAAUCUUGGUCGACCAACAGACUAAAAGCUAGAAUCCUUAAUUGAAACAAUAACAAAGCAGUCACAGCAGUCAGCUGAGGGAUGGCCCUGGAGAAAUGUAACCACUCUCAAUUUCAUAACCAGCGCUAUGGAUGCAAGGACUGAUCAUCGAUGAUAUCAAAAUUAUAGUUUUAAAGGCCCAGUCCUGUCAAAAAUGUGUGUUUUUAUAUAUAUUUCCACACUGAGGUUGGAAAUAAUACUGUGAAAAUUAUGAUAAUUCCCUUUUACUCUUAAGAGCUGUUUGAAAAGACCUCUGAAAUUUCGGCCUGCCUGGUGCCAUACCAAUAAGAAAGAAAGUUCCAAACCUCUCCGCCAAUAACGGCUCAUUUUCAGUUUUCUCCUCCCCACUCAGACCACUCUUACAGUCCCAGCAAAUUUCUUGAGAAAUUCCUCUUUGCUAAGAAGCAAUUUUUGUUUAUUUUUUACAAUUUUAAUUGAAAACGAUCACAGUAAGGUACUUUGUUGUUACCCAGAAAUGAUUUGAUUUUUUUGAUAAAAACAGCUGCAUUGGACCUUUUUAACCAUGUUUUGAGGCUAUACAAUGUUUGUUUAGAUUUACGUUUACAAACAUUGGAGUAAAACAAGAUUAUAUUUUCGGUUCUGAUAGGGUGUGACAGUUUAACUAAGCUCAUGAGGCAUUUAUAAUUUAUAUUCUCCAAGAAUCAAUGGGUAUAUGUCAUUAAUUUAUAAGUCCAGAAAUGGAUGUAACAACUAAGGAUUCUAGCUUUAACUCUACGGGUGCGUUCGUAAAUUCGGAGCGUUGUCAGAUUGUCCGUUUGUAAAUUCAGAGCGUUUCGCUCUCGGAGUGUUCAGAGCGCACGCUGGAUGCUCUGGCCGAGGCGUAGGGUUGAUCGGAGCGUUCUAACCUCACAAUAGCAGUCAAGCACCCAAGCUAACUGGCUAAAGUUAGCUAGCUUGCUAGCUACUUCCAGACAUAAAUGAGAGAACACCUCACUCUGACUUUUUUUCUCGCCCUAGCAGAGCUGGUUAGGCUGUUUUCAUGUUAUCCAGAGUGCUGAUGAUUGUAACUGUGCUGCUGGCAACAAUUUAAUUAUGUUUUUUUGCAGAGGUUUGCUGACACCGGCCAUAUUCAACGGGUGUUGAGCGUUCGUAAAUUCAUCAGUUAUUCUGCGCUCUGACACACUCGGACGAGAGUGCUCUGAAAUCGAAGUAGAUUGUCAGAGCAAAUUUAGGCUCUGGGUAGAAGCAGGCUGUUAUAUUUGAAUGUAAAUACUCUGUGUGGAUGUGUGUACAUUUUGGUGUGGUUCCUAAGUAGUAGUUCUAUUACGAUGUGUAAAAGGAUGAACCCCUCAUUGUUCAACAUUCAUCUUAAAACAUGUUGUUUAUUUCCCGGCCAUGAUUUUAUUGCUCCUUCAUAGUGAAUGGUUCUUUCCAAUUGAUGCUGUCAUAUAGGACUAUCAUAAAGUUAUCAAGAGCCCAAUGGACAUGGGAACAAUAAAGAAGAGGCUAGAGAAUAACUACUACUGGAGCGCCAGCGAAUGCAUGCAGGACUUCAACACGAUGUUUACCAACUGUUAUAUCUACAACAAGGUAAAUUCUCCUUUACCAUUAAUUCCAAAUCUAGAUAGAAAAAAAGUUGUUCAAAGAGUAUACUUCCUUUUUGCCGUUUUUUUCACAGGAUCACAUACACAGACAUUUACACACACAGAUGGUUUUCCAGUGACAUUCAUUUAAACUUUUGAACUUUAUUUUGACUCAUCAAGAUGAGGAUUGUGAUUUGAAUGUAUUUAUACUUGCUCUACUCUGUCUAGACGCGCCCCAUCACCUUUCUAGGUAUUGUUGAUAGCUGUGAUGAUUUUGAUCAGGCGAUUUAUCUGACCUUCACCUUCAUCUUCACCCAUAACUCAUUCCCUCUUGUGUUCCCACAGCCUACAGAUGACAUUGUGCUGAUGGCCCAAGCUCUGGAGAAAAUAUUCUUACAGAAAGUGGCCCAAAUGCCUCAGGAGGAGGUGGAGCUGCUACCACCGGCCCCCAAAGUCAAAGCUGCCCACAAACCAGGAGGGCAUGUUAGUGCAGGUAACUCCAGCCUUUCACAGUUGGGAGGGACUCAUGUGCUGAGGAAAAGUUGUGUCUGUCUUUUACAAAUGUUUGCUUCCCGCAUCUUUCUUACAGGGGGCCAAGCACAGGCUGAGUCAACAGAUUCACCCCCAUCCACUUAUCCCAGCUCCCCUCCACCUGUUUGUCAGACUCCUGUCAUAGCAGCUACGCCAGUGCCAACCAUCAUCUCUGUUACCCCUGUCCAAGCUGUGUCUCCCGCUGCCUCCAUGAUGGCUGUGGUUCCCACGGCACAGCCAGUCAUCAAAGUAAGUCCAGAAAGUCUUGCAGGUAUUGGAAACAACGUUGGGUGUGGAUAUGGUGGGAGCAUUUGGGUCUGAGCAAGUGUGAUGUCAUUAGUGUUUGUGAAAAUGUGUGUAUGUUAAUUUGUUUGUUGUUUUUGUCUAUGUAUUUUUAUUUUUUAUAAAAUAGAUUUUAAAAAAUGUAAUGUAGAAAUGUUAAGAAGUAAGUCCAGAAAGACGGGCCGCUCUAGGGGGUCUUUUUUUAAAGUUCUACAGUCUAACGGGAUUUCGUGUGGGGGGGGCGUAUUUUACAAUUUUACUCCUCAAAAUGUUUUCUUAGGAUGUAAUCUAUUAGAAAUCAGAGAAAAUAUGGAGUAUUCCAUGUCUUGAUUAAGAGAAGCAGGCCACUGAUGUAAUUGUGUUUGACCACCGUCAUUUCCACAGAAAAAGGGGGUGAAAAGGAAAGCAGACACAACAACUCCCACCACCUCAGCAAUCUCUGCCAGCAGAAGUGACUCCCCUACCCAGCUCCUGGAAUCCAAACAGGGGAAAGUCUCAUCCAGGCGGGAGAGCACGGUGCGGCCCGUCAAGCCCCCAAAAAAGGGCACAGAGGACGGAGAGGUGCCCCUGCUCAGUGGCAAGAAAGGCAAGCUCGGCGAGCAGCUCAAGCACUGCGAUGAUAUCCUGAAGGAGAUGCUCUCCAAGAAGCACGCAGCCUACGCUUGGCCUUUCUACAAGCCUGUAGAUGCAGAGGCGCUAGAACUGCAUGACUACCAUGAGAUCAUCAAGCACCCCAUGGACCUCAGCACUGUCAAAGUAGGUCCCCUAUUCACUCCCUCGACUCACUCCUAACUCUUCUAAAUUACCCUCCAAAGCCUGGCUGUUUACUUGGUGGAGGAAAAUAAUGUGGCCACUGUUUUUAUUUGGUGGUUAAAACUGUCCCUCAACAACAGUCGACACCGUAACAGCUAAGGGGAGGACGAUUACAUCGGUUUUACUAGUAGAUUUGUUUUUGAGUUUUGAAGAGAUGGCUUUCUCAGUAAUAAGGCUCGGACUGUUUGUGCUGUAUCCACAGAAAAAAAUUGACAGUCAAGAUUACCAAGAUGCCCAAAGCUUUGCGACAGACGUCCGGUUAAUGUUUUCAAAUUGCUACAAGUACAACCCCCCCGACCACGAGGUUGUAGCCAUGGCCAGGAAGCUCCAGGUAGGAUAAAGUUAAUCAGAUAUCCAAAUCGCCUCAUUGAAGCGCUGUCGGUUGAACUACCCCUUGUCUUCUUGUUUCUCAGGACGUGUUUGAGAUGCGAUUUGCCAAGAUGCCGGACGAGCCCAUCGAAGCCACCCAGCCCUCCACCACGCCGGUGGUAAGCAAGAGUACAGAGAGCAGUGAGAGCAGCGGCAACACCUCCAGCUCGGAGAGCUCGGACUCAGAGGAGGAGCGGGCCACGCGGCUCGCCGAACUGCAGGAACAGGUGGGUUCGGAACAGGUGGGUUCUCACAACCAAGGACCAAGAUCCAAAACCCAUGGAUGGAUGAACAGGGAGCUGCCUCCUUCAUCCCCCACUUCAGAUUUAGACCGCUAACACUUAGAAAUCAAAGCCACUCCACGAUGUUCAGAGAUCCACAGUAAAAGUGACAUAGUUAACCCUCUACCGCCACAAACUGUUAGAAUAUCUUGGUAUCAUGGCUUGCAUGCUGUAACUGUAGAGCUCACAUUUAGAGCAAUGUUUUACAUUUCAUUCAUACCAAUGGUGACAGUAUUUAGCUCUAAUGAAUAGUUUGUUGUGCUGCUAGGAUGUUAACAUGAUCUUUGGAGUGUUCUAUCUUUGUCCACUGAUUUCCCCUUUGGCUUUCUUACCAGCAAAUCACUGUGGAGCACCCCAAUGGUAACAGGGCGGGGAAAAAAAACGGGUGUGCCAAACGUUUUCAGGUGAUUUAUCUCUUACUUCCCCGUCCCCACAAAACUAUUUAUAUUUUUGUAUUGCACCUUGUUCAAAGAGCGGUAGAGGGUUACAGGUGGGGAUCAGAACUCUGAAACGGAUUGUAAGUGUGCUUGGUAGAUGGUAGGGAUGGGGGUUUAAAAUGAAAUGUUGGAUAUCCGGAUAUUCAAAAUACAUGUGGUUUUUGAAAUGUUUUUAACCUGAGCACUGCUGCGCGAGGGAGAGGCGCUGGCGCUCUAUUGCUGCAGCUGCGGAGGGGCCGUUGUGUGUGAGAUGGGAGCAAGCCAAGCAGACGGAGGGGGAGAGAGAGACGAAGUAACGUUAGCCAAGGCAACUCGGCCAUAGCCAAGACUAGCUAACUUGUAGCAGCCCCAAUGUUAUUUAUCAUCCCAUAUAACACAGAGGAGGCUGGUGGGAGGAGAUAUAGGAGGAUGGGCUCAUUGUAAUGGCUGGAAUGGAAUAAAUGGAAUGGUACCAAACACAUCAAACACACGGAAAUGUAUUUGACUCCAUUCCAGCCAUUACAAUGAGCCUGUCCUUCUAUAGUGCCUCCUAUGAUAUAACAGUGCCUUUCUUGACUGGAGUAGCCCAGAGAAGCUAGCUAGCUAGGCUAAUUGAUUCUAAAGUGCAUUCGGAAAGUAUUCAGACCCCUUGACUUUUUCCACAUUUUGUUACGUUACAGCCUUAUUCUAAAAUUGAUUAAAUUGUUGUUUUUCAUCAAUCUCCACACAAUACCCCAUAAUGGCAAAGCAAAAACUGGUUUUUAGAAAUGUUUAGAAAAAAAAAACUGAAAUUAAAUUUACAUAAGUAUUCAGACCCUUUACUCAGUAUGUUGAAGCACCUUUGGCAGCGAUUACUGCCUCGAGUCUUCUUGGGUAUGACGCUACAAACUCGGGCCUCCCGAGUGGCGCAGUGGUCUAAGGCACUGCAUCGCAGUGCUAGCUGUGCCACUAGAGAUCCUGGUUCGAAUCCAGGCUCUGCUGUAGCCGGCCGCAACCGGGAGACCAAUGGGGCGGCGCACAAUUGGCCCAGCGUCGUCCAGGGUAGGGGAGGGAAUGGCAGGCAGGGAGGUAGCUCAGUUGAUAGAGCAUGGCGUUUGCAACGCCAGGGUUGUGGGUUCGUUUCCCACGGGAGGCCAGUAUGAAAAUAAUAAUGUGUGCACUAACUGUAAGUCGCUCUGGAUAAGAGCGUCAGCUAAAUGACGUAAAUGUAAAUGUAAAAGCUUGGCACACCUGUAUUUGGGGAGUUUCUCCCGUUCUUCUCCGCAGAUCCUCUCAAGCUCUGUCAGGUUGGAUGGGGAGCGUCGCUGCACAGCUAUUUUCAGGUCUCUCCAGAGAUGUUCGAUCGGGUUCAAGUCCGGGCUCUGGCUGGGCCACUCAAGGACAUUCAGAGACUUGUCCCGAAGCCACUCAUGCGUUGUCUUGGCUGUGUGCUUAGGGUUGUUGCCCUGUUGGAAGGUGAACCUUCGCCCCAGUCUGAUGUCCUGAGCGUUCUGGAGCAGGUUUUCAUCAAGGAUCUCGCUGUACUUUGCUCCGUUCAACUUUCCCUCGAUCCUGACUAGUCUCCAAGUCCCUGCCGCUGAAAAACAUCCCCACAACAUGAUGCUGCCACCACCAUGCUUCACCGUAGGGAUGGUGCCAGAUUUCCUCUAGACGUGACGCUUGGCAUUCAGGCCAAAAAUAUAAAUCUUGGUUUCAUCAGACCAGAGAAUCUUGUUUCUCAUGGUCUGAGAGUCCUUUAGGUGCCUUUUGGCAAACUCCAAGCGGGCUGUCAUGUGCCUUCUACUGAGGAGUGGCUUCUGUCUGGCCACUCUACCAUAAGGGCCUGAUUGGUGUAGUACUGCAGAGAUGGUUGUCCUUCUGGAAGGUUCUCCCAUCUCCACAGAGGAACUCUGGAGCUCUGUCAGAGUGACCAUCGGGUUCUUGGUCACUUCCCUGACCAAGGCCCUUCUCCCACGAUUGCUCAGUUUGCCAGCUCUAGGAAGAGUCUUGGUGGUUCCAAACCUCUUCUAUUUAAGAAUGAGGGAGGCCACUUCCUGGGGACCUUCAAUGCUGCAGACUUUUUUUGGUAUCCUUCCCCAGAUCUGCGCCUCGACACAAUCCUGUCUCGGAGCUCUACAGACAAUUCCUUCGACCUCAUGGCUUGGUUUUUGCUCUGACAUGCAUUGUCAACUGUGGGACCUAAUAUAGACAGGUGUGUGCCUUUCCAAAUCAUGUCCAAUCAAUUGAAUUUACCACAGGUGGACUCCAAUCAAGUUGUAGAAACAUUUCAAGGAUGAUCAAUGGAAACAGGAUGCACAUGAGCUCAAUUUCGAGUAUCAUAGCAAAGGGUCUGAAUACUUACGUAAAUAAGGUAUUUCAGUUUUUUAUUUUUUAGAAAUGUGCAGAAAUUUCUAACAAAUAAAAAACAGAUACCUUAUUUAAAAACCUGUUUUUGCGUUGUCACUAUGGGGUAUUGUGUGUAGAUUGAUGAGGAAUUUGUUUUAUGUAAUCAAUUUUAGAAUAAGGAUGUAACUUAACAAAAUGUGGAAAAGAGGAAGGGGUCUGAAUCCAUUCUGAAUACAUUGUACAUGCUGCGCUUUCUCCCUAACCCCAUUAAGAUAAAACAACUGUUGGUUUCUUGUUGAAGCCUACUUCUCAUUUCGCUAACUUUUAAUUACGUUUAGCCUUUUUGCCACUUUGAUUGGCCAGCAUAAACAAUAAGCUACACACUUGAAUGCUACCGGUCUUUUUAUGGGGCUCAUGUCAUAAAAACUACAUAAAAAAGUUUGUUGUAUUAAAUUAAUCAUUUGAAAUGUAAUGGUAGAUCUUUGUAGUAUGUAACAAUGUCACAUUGAUAUUUCAAUACAAUUUAGAAAAAGCCUUUUCCGUGUUAAAGUAUUCGAAAACUAAUGUCCGUUCGGAUAUUCGAAUAACUGUGCACAUCCCUAGUAGAUGGUCUUUCCCUUAGUAGUCAGCUUGCUCUUUGUCAUGUAGGCCUAGAUAGUCCUUUCUACGUUUUUUUGUAAGAUGUUGAUAGUUACUUUUUCCCUCCAUUGUUGCAUUAUUUUAGUGUUUUAAAAAUAGGACAUUUUAGUUUUCAUGGUAAGCAUUUCGUUGGAUGGUGUACACCACUAAUAAAACUUGGUGACAGUGUUGGCUGGUGGCGAAUGGUGAUAGUGUUAGCAGUGGGAGUUUUUAUGAUUCUGGCAAUGAUUUCAAAUGCUUUUGCUGUAUUGUAGCUUCACUUAAAAUAUUUCCUCCUUUUUUCAAGUGGAAUAACUCAAAGACCAAUGUUUUAGUGCUGAAGACAAGGAAGUGUCAGUGUGAGGGUAUUCACAAGUCAAAGUUAUAUAUAUAUAUUAUUUUCUUUGUUCUAUAUUACGUACCUGUUUCUUCAAAAAGCAAUCAGUCAAUGCGUCACUUGGGGAGUCAGCAUGUGCUUCUUGUUUUCAAGUGUUAGGUAGAUAGCUACAGUACAGGCUGGUGGCCCGGUGUGCUUUUCUGAAAGCUUUUUUCCCAGGCCAAUGUGAAAUUAUUUAACAAGACCUCAUUUGCAUGCCAGUAUAGUACUGUUUUUCUGAGAUAAAUCAAUGUACAUUAUACACAUCACACACACACUUGAUUGUUUCCUUUAUGAAUAUUUUGAGCUUUCAUUUGAGAAGAUAUGCAGAAACAUGAGUGCUGUAUAGUCCAUUUAUUAAUGCACAUAAUAAACAUGAAUAAGAUAACUUGAGGAUGAUUUAAGAUGCAGCAAAAGCCAAGUAAAUCAAACAAACGCAUGAAUUUGCUUGAAAAUGAGACCCCUUCAAAGUCAAUGGAAAAGAAAACAUCCCUCCCAGGGCUAAUAUAUAACUAAUAUCACUGUCAUAAUUGUGACAUGAAAUGGUCCAAGACAAAAUGAUGCAGAUUCUCUGCAACAGGUUACACAUUAAGCUAACCAUCAAUACCUGUAUUUUGCCAUCACUCCCAGUAUCUUGCCUCAGUCCCUGCAUCAGCUUCACCCUACAUACACCAACAUCUGGGCUCAUAGGUGACUCUUGACUCUGCUUUUCUCCUCAGCUGAAGGCCGUUCACGAACAGCUGGCUGUUCUGUCACAGGCCCCAGUAAGUAAACCAAAGAAAAAGGAGAAAAGGGAAAAAGAGAAGAAGAAAGACAAAGAGAAGGACAAGGGGAAGGCUGAUAAGGGGAAGGCUGAUGACGAGAAGAAACCCAAGUCUGCACCGCAAGCCAAGCCAGCAAAUCAGAAGAAGGCUCCAGCCCGGAAACCAAACAGCACGGUGGUGGCUACCAGGUACUACUGCCCAGUGUUUUCUUAUGUGUUUCGUAAUUCAUCACACUCUCCUGGGUAUCACAAGUAAUUUGCUCAAUACUGCCGGUAACUUUUGCUUUUGGAUAAAAAUGUUACUAUGUCUCAUGUUGCAACAGUGUUACGCAGUGCUGUGUUACACUUUGACUCGUAUCCCCAUGUAGCCUGAUACAGACAUGUCAGUCUGUCACAAAUCAUCUGUUCUUUGAUCUUCUCUCAGUGCUAAGCUGAACAUCCUGAGAGAGGCAAAAGCUGUAGGCCUAACAAAGAUCUGACCAAAACAAUUUCAGGCAACCGAAGAAAGGGUCCAAGGUGAUGGUGGCGAACAACGAGUCUGAAGAGGAGCCGUCCCUUCCCAUGUCGUACGACGAGAAGCGCCAGCUCAGCCUUGACAUCAACCGUCUUCCGGGUGAGAAGUUGGGCAGGGUGGUCCACAUCAUCCAGUCCCGGGAGCCGUCGCUGCGUGACUCCAAUCCGGACGAGAUAGAGAUAGACUUUGAGACACUCAAGCCGUCUACCCUCCGUGAGCUCGAACGAUACGUCAAGUCCUGUUUGCAGAAAAAGCAGCGGAAACUUUUACGUAAGUUGUGAGCUAUUACUUUUUCUUGGUGUUUUCACAGAUGCCCUUCUCCAGUCACUAAUGGUUACGGCUUCUUCAGGGAUAAACCUCUCCUUUCUUUGUCUGUUGCCUAAAUGCUUUAAAGCUCCCUUGCAUUUGUUCCUCCAACCCCCCCCCCCCCCCCUUUUGAACAGAGGUUACUCACCCUCCCACCCUUUGCACAUCUGGCGUUGGUGGUUCAUUGAAAAUUGGCCUUCAGUUCAGAUAAAAUUGUCGCUCGUAUGCAGUGCAGUUUGUGACAAUUCACGUACAGUGCUUCUGUUGAAUGCGAUGACAGAAAUAUAGCCUAAUUCAAGAGAGCAAAACUGACUUGAACUGGAACUAUUGUUUUGGUCCAAUUUCAUUUUAAGUGGACUCGUUAGCACCACCAAAACACAGAAGAAAUACUAGAUGUUAGAGGGGACAAAGACGUGCAGCUCUUGACACAUCAGCAAGGCACCGAAUGUGGGAACUUAUUCCAUGGCGCUGUGUGUCUCUCGCAGCGGACAUUAAGGAAAAGAGUGCCAAGUCUAAGGAAGAACUGGUUCAGGAAAAGAAGAAAGAGUUAGAAAAGAGACUACGGGACGUGAGUGGACAACUGAACCACAACAAGAAACCGCCUGAAAAAGGUACCUGUGUUUCAGAGCUCACACUGUGCAACAGGCUGCCAAAUGAGCUUAGAAUAGUUUAG